AUGUCUUCGACUUCUUCGUCAAUUAAUGACAAAGACAAGGAGAGCUCCAAUAUUGACUCUCCGAAAGAUACGGUGCCAUAUGAGCCCACUAGAUUUGUAGGAGAUUUGGAAAAUCAGAAUGAAGAUGACAUCUACUCUGAACAGUUGUCCCGGAUUUUGACACAGAGCGAAGCUGUUCAGAAAAUUCAGUCUUUGGCUAGAACAAUGAGUCGAAUGACCAAGAAAGAGCUUGCAGCCUUUGAGGUCAACCAGGAUGAUUUUGAUUUGAAGAUCCUCCUGCAUUAUUUAAGAGCUAAAAGUGAAGAGCAAGGAAUUGAGUCUUGCUCAGCCGGUGUGGCUUUCAAGAACUUAACAGCUACUGGAAUUGAUGUGUCCGCAGCCUAUGGACCUACUGUGGAUGAAAUGUUGCGUAACUUUUUUAUGUGGCCCAUUAGAUUUGCAAAACGAGAACAUGUCAAGACUAGACAAAUUAUCCGUAACUUUACCGGAUCUAUCGAAGCUGGUGAGUUGUGCUUGGUCCUAGGUAGACCUGGUGCUGGAUGUUCCACUCUUCUAAAAUGCUGUACCGGAAACACUUCAGAGUUGUUAUCUGUUGAGGGAGAAUUCUCCUACGAUGGUCUCGACCAAGCCGAAAUGAUGAAGGACUACAAAGGUUACGUCAUCUAUAAUCCCGAGCUGGAUACACAUUUUCCUCAUAUAACGGUGAAACAAACAAUUGAUUUUGCUUUGAAAAUGAAGACUCCAGCCAAACGAGUUGACGGUAUUCCUAGAAAGAAAUACAUCGACACUAUGAGAGACUUGUGGUGUACUGUUUUUGGUUUGAGACAUACUUAUGGUACUAAGGUUGGUAAUGAUUUCAUUAGAGGUGUUUCAGGAGGUGAGCGUAAGAGAGUGUCAAUUGUUGAAGCACUCGCUACCGGAGCAUCUGUGUAUGCAUGGGAUAAUGCUACCAGAGGUUUGGAUGCUUCCACAGCUUUAGAGUUUACGCAAGCUAUUAGAACCUCAACUAACCUUUUGAACGCUUCUGGUAUGGUAGCUAUCUACCAAGCUGGUGAAAAUAUUUAUGAGCUGUUCGACAAAGUCUGUGUUUUGUACAAUGGUAAGCAGGUUUAUUUCGGUCCAGCUGAAAAGGCAAGGAAAUACUUUGAGGACAUGGGAUGGUACAAGCCACCAAGAAUGACUACUCCGGAAUUUUUGACUGCUGUUACUGAUCCAAGUGGUCGUUUUAUCAGAGAAGGGUUCAAAAACAAGGUUCCUGAAAAUUCGGAAGAUUUCGAACAAUAUUGGCUUAAUUCCCCAGAGUAUCAAGAAUGUUUACGGAGUCAUGAUCAAUAUAUUCAAGACCACAACCCUGAAGAGACGAGGCAACGUUUGGCCACCGCCAAGUCUCAAACUAGGCAAAAAGCUGUAAGAAGUAAGUCCAGAUUUGUUGCCUCUUAUCCCAACCAAAUUGCUUAUUGUGUUACGAGAGGUUUUCAAAGAACUAAAGGUGAGAUAGCGUAUACGCUGGUUUAUCUCUCAUCAUUUCUGACCAAGGGAUUCAUUGUCGGUUCCAUGUAUUGGAACAUUCCAAAAGACACCAGUGGAUUGUUCUCAAGAAGUGGUAUCUUAUUUUACUGUUUGCUUUUCUGUGCUGUUACCUCUCUUUCGGAGAUCUCUCACACGUACACUAACCGUCCUAUCAUUUUGAAACAGAAGAGUUAUUCUCUGUAUCACCAGUCUGCCGAGUCAUUACAGGAAAUUAUCACUGAGCUACCUACAAAGCUUGUGGCUGUCAUCAUUCUUGCGCUGACCACUUACUUCAUGCCUGGGUUGCGAUUGUCUGACGGAGGAUCCGCUUUCUGGAUGUACUUACUGUUUUUACUUUUGAUUCAGCAGUGUAUGUCAUUCAUGUUUAAGCUGAUUGCCACUCUUACAAGAGACGCGGGAACUGCUCAUGCUUGUGGAGGUUUAUUGGCUUUAAUGAUGUGUGUUUACACAGGAUUUAUUAUUCCUUUGCCUUAUAUGCACCAUUGGAUCAAAUGGUUCAACUGGAUUAACCCUAUGAGAUAUUGUUAUGAAUCUUUGUUGGCUACAGAGCUUCACAGCAGAGAAAUGAAAUGUAGUGAGUACAUUCCCAAUGGUCCAGACUACGAAGGUAUUAGUAUGGAGAAUAGUGCAUGUACAACUACAGCUUAUAACCACACUACUGGUCUUGUCUCUGGUAAUGCCUUCCUGACUGCUACAUAUAAUUACCGAUACAGUCACGUUUGGAGAAACUUUGGUAUAAACAUUGCUUGGACUGCAGGUUUCAUCAUUAUUAACACAAUUCUAUCUGAGUUUGUGAAGAAUGUCGAAGGUGGCGGUGAUAUGCUUUUGUACAAAAGGGGACACAUGCCCAAGGAAGGUAUUGAAGCCGUUGAUGGUAAAGUCGCCAGUAAGCAAGAAAUGAUGGAAGCACUGAAUGGACCUGAUGUCGAUUUGAAGAAAGUUAUCGCAGAAAGAGAUGUCUUCACUUGGCAACAUCUGGACUAUGUCAUUCCUUAUGGUGGAGCAACAAGGCAACUACUUAAUGACGUCCAGGGAUACGUCAAGCCAGGUACAAUGACUGCUUUGAUGGGAGAAUCUGGUGCAGGUAAGACAACUCUUUUGAAUACUCUAUCGCAAAGAAUUAACUUUGGUACCAUUACGGGAGACAUUUUCGUAAAUGGCAGACCUCUAGAUUCCUCCUUCAAAAGAAGAACUGGAUUCGUUCAACAAUCUGACUUGCAUUUAGCUGAGUAUUCAGUACGAGAAUCUUUGAGAUUCGCAGUCAAUCUGAGACAAUCUGAAAAGGUUCCCCAAGCCGAAAAGUAUGAAUAUGUUGAAAAGAUCAUCAACUUGUUGGGCAUGCAGAAUUAUGCUGAAGCUAUCAUCGGCAAAAUCGGACGUGGUCUGAAUGUUGAGCAACGUAAGAAGUUGUCCAUCGCUGUUGAACUGGUCGCCAAGCCUUCUUUAUUAUUGUUCUUGGAUGAGCCUACUUCUGGAUUGGACUCCCAAUCUGCAUGGUCCAUCAUCCAGUUCCUGAGAGCCCUGUCUGACUCGGGACAGGCCAUUCUUUGUACUAUCCAUCAGCCUUCAGCCACUCUAUUUGAGGUUUUCGAUCGUCUAUUGCUACUGAAAAAGGGAGGAAGAACUGUUUACUUUGGUGAUAUUGGCCCCAACUCUUCCACUAUGCUUUCAUACUUUGAAAGGGAAUCUGGUAUUAAGUGUGGAGUAUCCGAAAAUCCUGCUGAAUACAUCCUGAAUUGUAUCGGAGCUGGUGCAACUGCUCAUGCGUCUGCUGAUUGGGGUGAUCUGUGGGUAUCAUCCCCAGAACAUGCUGCUGUCACUGAAGAAAUUUCUAGACUGAACACUGAAUUACAGAAGAGACCAUUGCCUGAGAACAUCGAAGACUUACAAUCUAAGUUUGCUACUAGUUACCCUCACCAGAUUAAGAUCUUGUUCUUGAGGACAAUGGUUCAAUUCUGGAGAUCCCCAGUUUACAUCAGAGCAAAGUUUUUAGAAGCUGUCGUUUGUGCAAUUUUUGUUGGUUUUUCAUUUGUCAAAGUUGGUCAUGGUUUGCAAGAGGCACAGUUUGGUCUAACAUCAAUUUUCAUGAUGCUAAUUAUUUCUCUUGCCAUGAUUAACCAGAUGCAUGUUUUUGCCUUUGACUCCCGUGAACUAUUUGAAGCAAGAGAGAGCGCAUCAAAUACCUUCCAUUGGUCCACUCUUUUAUUAGCUCAGACUUGGUGGGAAACCAUUUGGUGUAUGGCAUGCCAAUUCUUGUGUUUUGUGUGUUACUAUUUCCCGGCCGGGUUCAGCGGUACUGCUCACCAUGCCGGAUACUUUUUCUUACAAUUUGUUAUAAUUUUCCCUAUCUAUUACUGUUCUUACGGUCUUUGGGUAUUAUAUUUCUCUCCUGAUGUUCCAAGUGCUGGUAUGAUCAACUCGAAUUUCUUUGCUGCUAUGUUACUGUUCUGUGGAGUUCUUCAGCCACCUCAGUUCAUGCCAGGAUUUUGGACGUUCAUGUACAAAUUGUCCCCAUACACUUACUUUGUUCAGUCUUUCGUUGCACCGCUGGUCCAUAACAGAAAGUUGGUCUGCAGAACGAACGAGUAUACUUUAAUUACACCACCCGAGGGCCAAACAUGUUCAGAGUUUUUAGACCCGUUUAUUGAAUCUGAUGGAGGAUACUUGGGAAAUCCGGAUGCCACAGAGAGUUGCGAGUACUGUCCAUAUACUUACCAGUCUCAAGUAAUGGAACAAUUUAACAUAAAAUGGUCCUACAGAUGGAGAAACUUUGGAUUCUUCUUCGCUUACAUCAUUUUUAACUACGUUGCUCUAUUGAGUUGCUAUUACCUGAUGAGGGUCAAAGUCUGGAAUAUGAAAUCUAUCUUGAAUUUCAAGAAAUGGUUCAAUGGGCCAAGAAAGGAGAGACAUGACCCUGAAACCAACAUCUUCGCAGCUCAGCCUGCUGAUGCUAAAUUGGCCGUUCUGAAAAAGAAGGAGUGA